GCCUGCGCACAAGCUACCCCGCGAAGGGACGGCAGUGCGCAUGCGGACGUGUCUCCCGGGACUCUAGAGCAGGCGAGCCCGCCGCACCUUCGGUAGGUUUGGCGUGUGCGGGUUUCCGCAGAUCUGGGGCGAGCUUGCACGUUAUAUCGCCUGUGUAUCUCUCCUUGCUUGCUUACGUUGCCACCACUUAGGCCUCCAUUGCAGAAAUCGCCACAAACUCUGAAGGGCCGCGGAAUCGGGAGGACCUUGCUGACUGAUUUGCACACUCUCCGCAGACCUGCGUGCACAAGUUGAACGGAGACGUGUAGGAGAUUUCAUUUUCCCCAGUUUUGCAGCUGCUUUUUGGCCCCAUUAGCUUCUCAGGACGGGCUUCCCCAGCCUCGACCGGAAGCUGAGGGGCGAAAACUCAGAAAAGCAAUUACUCUUUCUUGGUGAGGCUUCUGGAGGAUCGUUUAAUAGCGACAUGAUUACACUUGCAGCCCUAUAGAGAUUCGUUCCACACUCUUCCCCUUACACUUGAGGUCUUUUUACUUUCCUGUGUUGUUUAAGCGCCAGAAUGAGUGACCGCUAUCUAGAACAAAGGAUUAGUAUCAAAUUUUGCGUGAAAUUGAAUAAGUCUGCAAGUGAGACCCACCACCUUUUAAAAGAAGCUUAUGGGGAUGAAGUCAUGUCAAGGGCCCGAGUUUUCGACUGGCACAAAAGGUUUAAAGAAGGGCGGGAAGAUGUUCGAGAUGACGCCCGAAGUGGUCGUCCAGUCACCCACCGGACGGAUGAAAAUAUCCAGAAGGUCAAGGACUUGGUUUGUUCAAACAGGCGGUUGACGGUGAGGAUGAUGGCCGAAGAGUUAAAUUUAGAUAAAGAAACCGUUAGACUUAUUUUGAAAGAAAACUUGAAUAUGAGGAAAGUUUCUGCAAAAGUUAUAUCAGAUAUUUUGAAGGAUGAAUCUAAACCUCGAAGAUUUGACUUUCACUCUGAUCUUUCAAAGGAAACUAGGAAAAAUAGCUCGUGUGUAAGGAGAAAGAUAACAAGUUCUGAAACAUGGACUCAUCUCCAGUGUGAAGCUGGUGGGGAAAUACCUGUGUCAGUAUCCCAUCCCCAAAACCACUACCCUGCCAGCCAGCUUCUGCAGGCUUCAUCCUCAACAAGCCUUCGCAGCAGGGCAGCUCAGGAUUGGUUCCCCCCCUGGUGAAAGGAAUGUGAGGGCGUUGAGCCUGAGCUAGAAAGCUGCCUCACAGUUAGGCACCUUCAUUUGCGGCUCAUCCGUUUUCAGUCUUUCCCGCUCCUUUCCACAUGUUACCAACCUCCUAGUUACCGUUGCUGGACUACUGGGCCAUCAUCCAAUUGUGAGGAACUUACUUGGAUGUUGACUUCUGGUACAUGCUUGUUUCUUGCUUUCUUUUGCUUAACAAGUUUGGAUUUCCUUGCUGCCCAAACCGUAGCUUGUUGUGGCUGCCCUGUUCCUGUGUUCUCAACAUUCUGCCUCAGGGGAUCAUACCACUGAAAGGUGGGAACAGGACCUCCCGGAGUCUUUCUGUGCCCAGGAAGGCAUAUUCUGGGAGGACCCCAAAAGAAGGCCUACAGUGCUAGCCUGCUUCACAGGCAGGACCUGAGGUAUGGUACAGAAGGCAGUGGCAUGCUGACCUAGUGAGCAAUGCUGAGGACAUAUCCAGCCCAAAUGACUCAGUGGGAACCCCUUAGUACUCAGGGGUUGGCCACCUAUACUCACCUUCUCACAGACCUAUCUCUUACAGAAGAGCUGGAUUUGUUUCAUGAGUCCUGUGCUCUGGACCCCCACUCAUUUGGGUAUUCCCCUCUGCUGGAAGAGGGGGAUUUGGUUCUGGAAAAUAUAAGCCAGCGGACUCAGGCCCGGCUGUGAUGUGUGAGGAGGAAGACGAGGUGAUAUUCUAGACCUUGAAUUACAGGAGUCUGCUGCCGAGGUGCUGAUUCCCACACAGUGGCCUGUUCUUAGUAACUAAUGCCAACACUGUCAGGUGUUUUUUGAGCACCUGCAGUUUUUAGAACACUGCUGGGCAUUGACAGUGUGAAGGUAUAAGACAAGAUCACCAAGGGCCGGCUGGCUGGACAUCCAGAUGAGAUGAUUCCUGACUGGAUCCAUAAAGAAGGGUGAGACAGGAGGCUAGGAAAUUAGGGAAAGCUUCCCAAGCAGGUGGAAUAGCAUGAGGCUUCGAAACUGCAUCGAUAUGAAAAUGAUGGUGCUGUUGGUUGAAAUAGCAAAGUCUGAAGAAAGGUAAUGGUGUUUGUUGCAGAAGAUGAACAAUUUGGGAUAAUUUGCUUCCUCUCCUCUGCCCUAACUAUGCCAUUAGUCUAUAGAUUGCUUCCCCUGAAGCUGUGGAUAGGUUUAUAAUAACUCACUGAUUAUCUAGUUUUCCCAUCAACCCCGCCCCCCCCCCACCAAAAAAAGUUCUGCAAGUUUAGACUCCUUUGUCUCUUUUUGCCUCUCUGCCAGGAUUUAUGGAAUGGAACUUUUCUCAAGUGGAUUCCAAGUAAUGCCACAUAGACUGGAAACAUUUCAGAAAUGCCUGAUGGGAGGUGUAGGGGAGGGAUGGUUAGAAACAGCAUUUCAAAAAAAAAAAGAAAAAGAAAGAAAGAAAAGGAAAGAAAGAAACAGGAUUUCACAGGAUUAGCCAAUGUCUCUGUUUUACCCAAGGAUUUUUACGUGUGACAGUCCCUAUUACUUAACUAGUAAGUUAGUAAACCAUAUUGGUUGAUAGAAGCCCAACACUUAUUUAUUCAACAUAGUUAUAUUCUUUCUAUUCGUUCUAUUCUUUCACUGUCUCUAUCCCCUUCAGAAAAUGACAAAUUCCCUGCUGAUACCUGUCAGUUUUGAAGCGCCCUGAAACCUAGACCUUAUCCUACAAAUAAAAGGUCAUGUGCAAAAGAACUCUUAAACCAAACCACAGCUUAUAGACUUCGUCCUACUUAGCCAUUUGUAGGCAUUCUGUUUCAGGACCAUUACAUCUUCUGCAUCAGAUUAUGCCCUGGUUCCCCACAAGCACUUGCCUCCAGGGACACUGCACUUCUGGAACAAAUCCCCCACAGCUGGCUAUUGCAACUUCGUGGCUGAGCCUCAUAUUAAUCCUUGCUAGGCUCAGUGGUGAUUGUUGGAAAAUUGUAUGCUCCUUGGCCAGGGCCGGGAUCCUACAGUAGUACCUCUAGGCCUUAUCUCCAACCUGAGAGAGCUUAUUUCUGGACUUGCUCCUGUCCUGUGAACAGGGCUGGAGUGAGCCUUCCAAAGAUGCUGGACCAAGACCAUGCUGGAGUGUAGCGUACCAGAAGCAUUGGUGGCCCAGACAGGGUUUGGACACAGCAACCAGAAACAGAAAGCAUGGAUAGUUAUGCAGUCUUCUGAAUUCUGCCCCUGGCUCUGAAUCCUCACUGAAAUGUUAUUGUUUGCGAAGAAUAUGUACCUGGGACCUGCUUUCCAGAGCCUUCCUUUCAGAUCCAUUUCUUAGAGUUCAGAUUUGCCAAUGGAGAUGCCUGGAUCAAUCUGGGUACCAACUGACUUGAGGACAUCUAGUAAAGGAGGGACCUAUUAUUGGGGAACUGUCUGUCUCUGCGUCAAUACACUGCUCUGCCAGCCUGCUCUUUGCAGACCACCUUGUCAGCAAGGCUCACUAGGCUUCUUGGGAUUGGGUCUAACCAGGGUCCCAUGUGGCCCAAUCAGCAAGAGGUUCCUCUGCUGCUGGAACCGUAUAUACAACCCUGCAUUCUCCAACUGCUUCUUGGUUGGAUCAGACCUCUCGGAUUUUAUCGGGCUUUACAUACUUCCAAGGCAACCUUCAUGUAUGUAACUUCUCUAGUCUCUGCCUUAUCAGAUCCUUGCAAAUACUGUCCCAGUCGCAUCACCCUUUUCCCAGUAUUAAUAUCUAGAAAUAAAAAAUCUGUAGUGGGAAACUUCAAUACCUCCAAGGACCCUUGGGUCUACUGAAGGGGCCAACAAAUUUUCUCUAUAAGGGAAAUGUCUUAGGAUUUGUGGGCCAUACAGUCUGUGUUGUAACUGCUCAGCAAUUUAUUGCAAAAGCAGACCUAGCUAAUACAGAAACAGAUGAACAUGGCUGUGUCCUAAUAAAACUUUAUUUAUGGAUACUGGAAUUUGAAUUUCAUAUCAUUUUCACAUGUUACAAAAUUCUAUUUUGAUUUAGUUCAACUGUUUAAAAAUGUAAAAAGCCAUUCUUAGACUUCUUAGCUUAUAUACCAGAGAAGAACAGAUGGUGGGCCAGGUUUGGCCCAUGGACCAUAUUUGACUGGUCUAAUGUAUAUAAAGUAUGUAUAUAAAAUGAUAGUUGAUUGAUCCUUUUCCAACAGUAAUGUUAAUGCCCUGUUGAUCCAGCAAUGUCUUAGUUUAUUAUAUAGAAACUGUGGAAUAUUGAAGGGAAUCUUUACAGUGCUAGGAGAGUGAAUUAGAACUGAAUGACUAGUUUAUCUUUACCAUAUCGACAAAAAAUGAUAUUACACAAACUACUACUUAUAUCACACCUUCUAAUAUCUCAGAAAGAGUUUGAGCAAUACUGCAAAUAGUUCGGAGUUGCAACCAGCGGUAACAGAAUGAACUGAAGGUGGGUCCAAAAUGGCCACAGCCACGGGCAGCAUUUGAACGAGUUUAGUUCUUACCUAUGGAAGUGACUACUUUGGAGGUGACAACACGCACUGAAUGCUACACUUUUUUGCGUGCUGGUGCCCAGGGUGUACCCUUUCAGAUGUGUUUACUUGUUUUUUCUCUAAAGAGAGCUAUAUCGGGUCAUCUUCAUUUAAACCGAUUUUCUAAAAUUGAAAUAGAAUCUCAGGAUUGGACAGAUGUUUACAAGGGUAUUUAUAACCCAGCCAGUCAAGUUUCUCUUGAAUCCAGGAGUGACUAACUCUUACAGCUGCUGAAAAAAAUGCGUUUGAAAGAAGAGUCUGUGUUAAUUCAACACAUUUCUGUCGAACGACUGUAUGUGCCAGGCACUGUCCUGUGUGCUGGGGUGCAGCAAUGGACGAAACAGACCCAGGCUUUAGAUCUGACAGUCUGAAAUCGAAUUCUGUUACUCUUCACCGUGGUAGAACUCCUCUUCCGCGUGCUCACACUAACUCGUUGUUAAUUGCGUACCCGGCAAUAGGUAUGACCCCUGCCAUGGGCCUCUGCACUGCCGUCAUGAAGCCUCCCCAACUGCAUGAAUAACUUGAGGACUGUAUGUUCCACUUAGAUUUUAUUAUCCUUUAGACAGAUCUGUAUUGGUAGAAAAACACGCUGGCAAAUGUUGGAAGUGUAAAUUGGCAACAGCUCUCUGAAAAGCAAUUUGGCAGUAUCUAUCAGGAGCUUUAAAAAUGUUUAUAUCUUCUGAUCCUCUAAUUCCACUUCUGGGACUCUGUCCUAAAGAAAUAGUCUAAAAUGUGGGCAGAAUUUAUACUUAACAAUCCAGAAGUCCAACAGUAGAAAAUUGGUUAAAUAAAUUACCGUAUGACCGUACAAUAGACUAUUACGCAGUCAUUAUAAUUAAUGUUUAUGCACAGUUAAAACAGCAUGGCAAGAUGCUUAUAAUGUUAAGUGAAAAGUGGUACACAAAAAUAGUAUAUAUAAAUCCAAAAAUGUUUUUUUAAAUGACUGGAAUGGGUGUGCUAACUCUGGGUGGUUUGGUGAUAAGUGUUUUCUUAAUUUGUUUCUUCUCUUUUAAAAAUUUCUCCAAAAUGUUACCACUUUUAUCAUCAGAAUAAAAUAGUAGCACCAAAAAGUGGCAAUGGAGACAGGCCAAACCGCUAGCUUGGUCUGUGAACGGUUAACUGGCUGGGUGGACAUGGAGGCUGUGUGCUACUGUAUUGGUAGCAAGAGUGGGACAGAAGGGAAAAGGGCCUGCCACAGAGGAGUAGCCAACGGACCAGAAUUCCUGCAAAAAAAACCAGCCAAAGCGAUAUGGGAUGUUCCCAUGAGUGGCAUGCUCCUGUUAUGUAAUCCUAGGUAAAUAAAAGCAUAUCUGGAUCAAGUAUGUUCUGA